AUGGAGGACGAGCACGAGAUGUCGAGUUUGAGAUCGAGGCUCAAGAAAUCUUCUAUGAGCCUUACCUCUUGCUUCAAUGGAUCCCAACACCGCCGUGGAUUCUCAUUAGAUGCCUCUUCAUCUUCCUCUUCCAUGCCAAGUCCAAGAAAGUCGUCAUCUAUAUGGACUCGCUCAAAGCCUAAUGACCAUAUGGACACCAAAGGGAAAUGCAAGCGCCGCCAUAGGCGCAAUGCAUCUGCUGAUUUUAGCUAUGAUCCUCUCAGUUAUGCCCUCAACUUUGAGGAUGCUAACCAAGUUUCCAAUGGGGACAAGGAACUUCCGAUAAAGAAUUUCUCAGCCAGGUUACCGGCAUCACCGCUGAGGGGAUCCAAAAUGUUGUUGGCACCCACGACGCCAAGGUCACCAACGGAGACAUGCAGAUUGAGUAGGAGCCUUGAGGUGUCUAAUAUGAAGAAGAGAACGGACGAGGUGGCUAAUGCAAGGGCAGCAGCGGUGGCGGAGGUGAGGAGGAGCCUGGAGGAGCAGUCUUCGCAGGUGGCGGUCUCACAUUCUUCUCGGGAGAUUUUGGUUGAAUUGUGUUAG